AUGACUUUAUCUAAAUUAACACCACUUGUGAGCACUAUCUGGUUGAAAGAACAGAUCUUGGCUUCUUUGCAAAACACAGCUAAGCUAAAUAACUCUCUCCGGGUGCUUGACACAUCAUGGUUGCCAGACCCGGAGGUUGAUGGUUAUAAACAAUUUUAUGCCCAGGCUCAUAUUCCUACAGCACUUUAUUUUGAUUUGAAGAAACUGAGUUCCCCAAAUGAAACAUCAGCUGCCAAAUUUCCUAUCCCUGAUUCAAAUGUCUUCAAGGAAUAUGUUGAAAAUCUUGGCAUCAGCAACAACACCCAUGUUGUUGCCUAUGACAGGUUAAACACAAGAUCCUCCUUUAGAACAUGGUUUUUGUUUAGGCUGUUUGGUCAUGAUAAAAUAUCUGUGUUAAAUGGAGGUCUGAGGCAGUGGCUUACAGAUGGAUUCCAUGUAACUACAGAAGAACCAACUGUCGAGAAAGCAGUUUUCAAUGUUAACUUCCGAAAACAUUUGCUGCGAGACUUUGCAGCUGUGAUGAAAAAUGUAACCUCACAAACAGAGCAGCUAAUGGAUGCCAGACCACCUGAAAUGUUCUGUGUACCAGAUAAAGAUCAGCCAGGAGGCCAUAUACCCGGAGCAAAGAAUAUUCCAUUUGGCUCAUUGUUCAACGAGGAUGGCACUGUGAAGUCUAAGGAGGAUUUGAAAAAAUUGUUUACUGAAGCUGGUAUUGACCUGCAAAAACCCCUGGUGUCAUCUUGUCAGAUAGGCAUGACAGCGUGCGGGCUGAUAGCUGCAGCAUACAUACUUGGCCGAGAGGAUGUGCCCUUGUAUAAUGGAUCAUUUACGGAAUGGAGUAAAUUAGCCGACCCAAGCAUGAUAGUCAAAGAGAAGCAAAACUGA